CACACACACACACCUCAGUGUCCCACAUCCCUCUGUGUCCCACCUGUGUCCCUGUGUCCCAGCUGUGUCCCAAUGCCACACGUGUCUGUCACACAUACACACCUCAGUGUCCCACCCAUGUCUCUGUGUCCCACCCAUGUCUCUGUGUCCCACCCGUGUCUCUGUGUCCCACCCGUGUCCCUCUCUGUCCCCCAGAAUGGCUUUGCCGUCAUCCGCCCCCCAGGCCACCACGCCGAGGAGUCCACAGCCAUGGGCUUCUGCUUCUUCAACUCGGUGGCCAUCUCGGCCAAGCUGCUGCAGCAGCGGCUCAGCGUGGGCAGGAUCCUCAUCGUGGACUGGGACAUCCACCACGGCAACGGGACCCAGCAGGCCUUCUACAGCGACCCGCACGUGCUCUACAUCUCCCUGCACCGCUACGACGACGGCAACUUCUUCCCGGGCAGCGGGGCCCCCGAGGAGGUGGGCAGCGGGCUGGGCGUGGGCUACAACAUCAACAUCGCCUGGACGGGCGGCGUGGACCCCCCGAUUGGGGACGUGGAGUACCUGACGGCCUUCAG